UCGCUCGCUCUCGCCCUCGUCGUUUCAGUCCCCUCCCGAUACUCGAAGGGGCACCGGCUCUCCUCUCUACGUUUCUUCCUCUCACCCACUCAGUAAAAAGCUCAACUCGUAAAUGCCACGAAAAGCUUAGUCGUUCACGAGCUGCGCUCGAGUACACACCUCGGUUCUGUACAAGUGUCACGCGUGUCCCAUCUCGACAUGUGAGUCCACAGAACGUCUCUAAGACUGACAUCUUUUUCCCUCCCGUCCGCCUUCUCUUUUUCUUCUUUUUUUUUUUUUUUUUUUGACAAAUAAACACGUGCUCGCGUGCAUUCGGUGGUGACAUGAGGUGAAUUCGCACGUGGUUGCGGAGGGAUUCAAAGAGUGUCUUGCAAGAGCGCACCGAUAAAAUACACUACUUAGCGAUGCUGCUGAUAACAACAAUUGCAACCCUUUUCGCGCUGGUUGUCGCGAAUCCUUUCCUCGAAGCUGCGCAAGAAAUACCAUGCUGUUCGCUUGCUGCUGGAUCUUGUCGGAAUGUGUGCUCUAAGAUGUCUUUGGUGGUCCUGGGUGCCGAAAUCGAGGCGAGGGAAAACGCUACUCAACGUCUGUUGGAGUUUUGUUCCAUGGAGCUGAUGGACUUCUGGUCCUGCGUGAACUCGACGUUGAAUGAUCUCAAGAGAAAUGAGAAUUGGAUAGGUCGAGGAUGCUGCCGCCUUAUUCAGAAUCCCAGGUGUCGCUCAACCUGCGCCAGAUCAGGUUCUACAAAUGAUCUGAAUGAACACUGUCGACCGAGCGACGAGCCCGAAUUUUUCUUCUGCCUGGAAAAGCGCGAGGAGGCCGAACAAUGCUGCAGCAACGUUUCCAAUGACACUUGCAGAACCAUCUGCAAGGAUAUCUUUUACAAGCCUGGCAAGCAGUCUAACUUGAAACUGUAUAGCAGCAAGGGUUGCUUUCAUCAGAUACCCAAAUGCCUGAAGAGCGUGGCCGAGGUGAAGCAUGCCGAAGAUCCGCAGCAACAUUUGCACUGCUGUGACGAAGCUACAACACCGACGUGCCUGGACACGUGUCGCAAAAUUCUUCACAGCGCGAAUACCGACCAGGAAAUCAUGGACGCUUUGGCAGAAAAGUGUAGCCCGGUGUUACCUCAGUCGCCGAUGUGGAGUUGCUUAUUGAAAUCGGGCUCGACGAAGCCGGCGCGUUUACCGUUAGAUGCCGGCAAGAUGGCGUGUUGCACGAAAGCGACAAGACUUACCUGCCAAAAUUUAUGCUGGCGGGCCUUUCAGGCUGAUUGGGAAUCCGCCUGGGUUCAGUUGGAUGCGUUGUGCCUCUCGUCCAGUUUAGAGGGUGACUUGAGGAGAUGCCUCGAGGAUGCGGACGAUUCUUGCGAGAUGGGUUGUUCCGGAUUGUCUUACUGCGCGCGAUUCAAUGAUAGACCUACUACUCUCUUCAGAACAUGCACAAGUGCAGCUGACGAGGCUGCCAAAUGGGAAGCUGACCAUUGGUCCAGAGGCGGUAUUAUUCGUGGAUUAGGCGUACCUGUGCGCGUGGCGGCUUCUUGUCCAGCGGAGACUUUACGCACGGCGGCUUGUCUUCUGCAGUUGCGACCUUGUGAGACUAGAAUCCACGAAACGCGACUCUGCCGCGAGGAUUGCUUGGAGUUAAUGGCGAGCUGUGUAGAUUGGGCUGCAAUCACGGGACCACACACGGCUGCUACCUUGUGUGCUAAACUAUCGGGUAGACCGGACGCGCCGUGCGUUUCGUUGAAACCAUAUCUGGACGAUCCGCAGGACGAUGAAACGGUGAUUCAUCCUGAGGAGGACAUUACGACGCCGUGCAAGCGGAAUCAUUGCCCACAGGGUCAACUCUGCGUUCUUCUAACGGAUGGCUCCACAAUCUGCGUGCCGGCUUGCUCCCUUGGCGAAAUGUCGAAGCAAUUAGUGCCAGUCGGAUCCUGGAUCCAAAUUCCUCGAACUGAUCAGCAGGGCUGCUUGAAUAUCUGCCAAUGUACGGCGCGCGGUCUGGAGAAGUGUCGCACGCCUAACUGCUUUAAUUUCAAGUCCUGCUGGGUGCACGAUCGGUUUAUUCAGCACAAGACUAAUUUUUAUCUCGAGUGUAAUCCUUGUCACUGCUUCGAGGGCGAGUUUACGUGUUCCAAGAAGAGCUGCGGCGAAUUGCGUGCGCCAUCCUUGCCCUGCGACUGUCCGGCUCAUUAUGUCCCAGUUUGCGGUAGAUUGGGCUUUACCUUCGCAUCCGCCUGUCUGGCGAAGUGUGCCGAACUAUCAGCUACCGAGGUGGAGUUUGGCAGCUGUUCCAGUAGGGAUCCUUGCACGCCUAAUCCUUGCAAAAGCACGGAGAAAUGCAUUCGCAAACCUAAAGUCUGCUUGUCGCGCUUGCACAAAAUAUGUAGGCAAUACGAAUGCAUGCCGAUAGAUUGUAAUCCGCGUGACGAGUCCAGCGGACCGGUCUGUGAUCGCGAGAAUCGACAGUAUCCUUCUGUCUGUGCCAUGAUUCGAGCUGGAGCCACUUUGAGCUACAGAGGACCUUGUUUGAAGGGUUGUAGUCUAAGAGGUCCGGUGUGCGGCAUCAACGGCGAGGUUUACGUCAAUGAAUGUGCGGCUUGGGCCGAGAGAAUUCUCGUAGAUUACGAAGGUCCCUGCGUUGCCGUCGGUCUCAUAGGAGAUCAAGCAAAACCUCGUUGCGGUGAUGCUAUACAAUGUCCUUCCUUGGUAGAACCAUACUGCAUCGGGGUCACUCCUCCUGGUGCCUGUUGUCCCGUUUGCGGAGGAGCAGCAAGAUUGUUUUACUCGAAGAAACAGUUGGAAAGAAUCUAUUACAUAAUGGAUGAGGAAGCUGACAAGGAUUCUGUUACUUUGGAAGCUCUCCUGGUCGCUUUAGGUCGUCAGUUGCAAGUGGCGCAAUGUGCAAUCCGGGGUAUGAUGACGCCCGAUUGUGAUGUCUUCAUUAUUGUACAGCCCGUUAGUAAAAAACCGUCGGCGUUACAAUUGCGAGCUUGCGUGACGGAAACGGAAAAACUCGUCACCAGAAUCACGGAGAGAAGUCCAAGAAUCGCAGCGGAAGUUCCUCUGGGUUCAUUGACCAGAGCCGAGAUAGCUCACAGUUAUGUUUCUAGUGCCAUGAAAAUUCGAGUUUGGCUCACAACGAUUGUCCUGUCUACCUUCAUGUUAAAAGUUACAUCUUAAAUGCGAUUAUGUCAUAAAGAGAAAAUAAGAUUUAUCGCUUAUUCGAGGUAUUAUUGUGUUCAAGUUAUAAGCGAUAAAGCUUAUUUUUUCGUUUGUUCUGGCUGCUGAAAGUCUUUUUACCUAAUCGCGAUGUCAUUCGCCGUGGCGAAUGUCUACAGCGUGUCUCGUGUCUGUGAUUCUUCUAGUGCCUUCUAGUAGCAUUUAACAGGAUGUAUUUUUAGUUACUGAUUAAUAUUACCAAAGAAAAAAAGAGAUAUCAAGAAGAUGUACAAAGAAGUAAAAUUUCUUGGGCGUAUCGAGGACAUUCAUUAUAAGCAAAUGUAAAUAAAAAAAUGACUCCAUAUAAAUUUAAAUUAUAUAUACAUUACUGUGUAUUAAUUGACAUAUCAGUAUAUCGAAUUCGCAUAUGUGAUUUUAUACAGCGUGUCCUUCCAAAGAUUCAUUGCGACAUUUUUUGAAAAUUUUAUUAUAUUUUUGUCUAAUGGAAAAAUUAACAUGCAAUUUUAUCAAAAAUGAAAGUAUUCUAUGGUUCUUUAGCACACGCUGCAUAAGUAAGUAUGGUUUUACGUUGCUGAGUGUUUCAAAUUUGUAUCUUAUACCGCGAAUAUAUAGAUUACUUGAAUAGAAUUCGUCAAGGAAAUAAAUAUAUAUUCGCAUUUUAUUUAUAAAUUUGCGAAAAUCAGGAUCGCCUGCAGUGGUUCGUGCCAAUGAUAUUGAUAAUGCUCCCAUAAUUGUUAAGUAUAUUUUGUUAUUGUAUUAAAAACAAAUAUUUCAUAUUUGUAUGAUUAAAAACAAGUAUGAAGUAUUUGUAUGUAUUUGUAUUGUUAAAUAUCGAUAAAAACAAUAGUUUAUAUCG